CUUUCCCUCUAUCUAGUUUUAGCCUUGCCUUCACAUAAAAGUUUUCCUUUCAACCUUGCUACCUUUCCUUAUUCUUCUGGCCCUUUUGCACUCAUAAUUUAUCGUAAUAUUAAUUCUUAUAGUUCAAAGUGUUUUGGUAUCUUUGCCUACACCACUUUUCGUUUUCCAAUCUCAUUUUGUUCCUUUUGGGCCUUUUCUUCUAUCAGCCUCUCAACGAACAGGUUAUUUUUAGGCCACUUUCUGUGGGUACUUUGAUACUCUAACUAUGGUUAUCAAAGCAACCACUUCCAACAACCUCCAUCAGUUGCAAACAUUCAACUCUCAGAAUAACAACCACCUCCGUGAUGCUUCCUUCUCUUCAUACUUGAACAACAAUGAAGGGAACUUGGCUGAAUCAAGCCACCCCUUUAUCAGCAACGGAAAGGAUCCUCUUUACCAAGGAGUAAAGAAGGAAGAUGAUGGAGAAAUUGAAGUAUUUGAGGCUGAAAAGUACUUCAACGGAGAAGAUAUGGAGAGCCCCCAAAUAUUUGUUUACAAUGAUGCAAAUAAGUACCAGUGUCAGAAAGAUGAAAAAACAGCUCGAGAAACUAGGAAGUACAAGGUUCAGUGGGGAACUCCUAGUGUUCUCUCUGAAUCCAGUUUGAACAGCCAAAGUGCAAUGUUAAAAAGUUCUAUGAAGAAUUCUUCACGGAACAUGAAAAACAAAUUACAAAGAAUGAGUUUUCUGGCUGGUCUUGGUUGCAAAUGCUAUUGUUCUGAUAAGAAUUCUGUUGAUAUAAGUGACCAUGCAGGUGAGAUCAGUUUUAACAAAAAUGCUACUUAUGAUGUAGUUCAUGGAAGAACAAAAAACGUGUUCAAUGCUGAUCCAGAUGCUAAACAUUCAGUUAAAAUGAUCAAGCCUCAUUCAGAACUCUUAAUCAAUAGAGAUGUCUACUUCCAUAAGCCAGAGAAGUUAGGAGUGGGAAUGAACAGAGAAAACAGUUUAGCAUUCCCUACUUUGAAUUCUAGCUCAGGAAACCAACUUGUCAAAAUGCAACUUCAACAAGUAGAGAAGCCAAGGAAAUCAUUGGAAGUGUUUGGCUCCCCAAUAAUGGAUAGCAGGUGCAAGUCCUUGAGCUUUGAUAAAAGGUUGACAAGGACUUCUUGGGAUGCUGCUCCUAAAAUGGAAGAAACUGACUUAUCAGCAAAUUCUGGUGGAAACUACAAUGAUGCUGAGAGUGAUGCAAGUUCAGACUUGUUUGAGAUUGAAAGCCUCACAGGAAAAUCCAAUUCCUUCAUUGCUAAACCAACAUCGAAUGUUGUUUCUAGCUGUGCCAGCCCCACAACUUGUUAUGCACCAAGUGAGGCAAGCAUAGAAUGGAGUGUGGUCACUGCAAGUGCCUUGGAGUACUCAGCCAUGUCAGAUUAUGAUGAUCAAAGGUCAAUAGCAACCACAAGGAGUCCAAUAAGGACAUCCUUAGUUUCAUCAAAUGCUAAACCGAAAGUCAUCAAAGAGAUGCAGAAGCGUCAUCCUACCAUGCUUUUGGGUUGCAAGAGCCAGAAAGCUAUAGGAGUUGCUGAGCAUGCCUUCACAACAUAUGAGAAAUCAAGUUCUAACGCGCAUAUUCGGCGCAGGUCAGACACCUUCCCUCCGGUGACACAAUUUAAGACAAAGGAGGUAAAUUUUGGUGCAAGACAUAGGCAACAUGCUUAUGCUACAACAACACUUCAGCGCUCACACUCUCCACAUCCUUCACAACUCUUGUACAUUUAGCUGCUGCUUGGAUAUUUGUGUAUCUUUUUCUGUCUUUGGAAUUUGUUCAACGAGUAAACCCUCACUUAUUCUGUAUGCAUCAAUCAUUUUAGUCUCUAACUAUUAAAUUUUCCCGUAAGUCCUUGACUUUGAAAAACGUCAUUCACUUUAGUUCUUAACAUUAGUGGAAAAAAAUGAAAAUUGAUGUGAAUGAUGUUUUAUGAAGUUAGGAACUAAGGUGAAAGUUAAUGCAGGUAAGACUAAAAUGACUGACACAUACCAGAGAUAAAAGUGAGGGUUUACUCUUGGUUCAGUUAUGAAUCGUAAGUCUUGAAUUUGUGUGAUAAGAGUUUUUAUUUUGUUGGUUCUUGUGUUUUUCCAACAAUAAUGGUAGCAGAAGUAGUAAAGUAGAUAAGCUUUUAGUCCAGAGUCCGCAAGGCAAAGAAAGAAUCUUAUGGGCAUCAAAUCAUCAUCUCAAGUGGGAAGGUUCUUGUGUCUCCCUUUUGCUGAUCUUCAUGUAUUCUUCUGUUUGCUUUGAUAUGUACUUUCAUUCAGUUUGUGCAGUUUCUGGUAGAAUAUCUUGAUAGAAUUAAAGUAUGCGU